UCGUCUCGUCAGUGUUACGGCCACAGUGGGUCGGUAAAGGUGUUCGCUAGUCGACGCGUGGCUGGACGGGGGUUUAUCUGAGAUCGAGUGUUCGUGAGUCUGCAAAGUUGUCGGGAUUUCGUCAGAAGUUUCCUUUUUUUUUUUUUUUCCAUCGCCGUUGUGAAACUCGUUAUUUCGAAGUCGAAUUUAACGAACGUGGCUCCACCACUUUAUUCAUUUACUUCAUGAAAAAAGGAAUUAGAAAACUUGAAUGAAAGAGACUAUUAUAACUGGCGACUGAUAGCCCCAGAAAGUUUAGGUGAAUAAUAUUUCUCUGUCUACACAGGUGAUUUUCCCAUGACGAAAAUAGACAGGCUGUUCGAACCCAAGCAUAGAAAAAGAGAGGGAAAAUGUAAAUCGUACGAAAACCAAGUUUGGAACGGGUGAAAGAGGGUGAGAUAUAUAUUAUUCGAUGUGAUUGUGAGACAAAGUUUGUGCUAGACGAUUCCGAGAGAACACUGAAUUCGUGGGGAAACUUAUAUAUCUAUCAGCCGAAAUGUUGACCUGGAAGUCUUUAAAGGUCAUCUGGGCACUGGCCCUUAUGAUGGUGCUGACCUCGUUCCCUCAUGUACAGUCUAAAGCUCUGACCUUCGAUUCCAAGAAGCUGGAGUCUUCGUCGCAGUUGUGGUGGAGUCACCACAGGGAGAUUCUGUCGCCCAGAUUCGACGACACUCCGCAGAAUAUCACAGCACUCGUCGGGGACUCGGCCUUCCUCCCCUGCACCGUUGCCCAUCUCGGAGACAGAUCUGUGACGUGGAUGAGACAGCGCGAUCUUCACAUCCUCACUGCUGGUGUUUACACUUACUCAGCUGAUGAGAGAUUUAGGGUCUUGCACCCAGAGAACUCCGACGAUUGGACCCUGCACAUCAAAUACGCCACGUUGAGGGACUCGGGAAUUUACGAGUGCCAGGUCAACUCUGACCCCAAAAUCAGUCGCAAGGUCACACUCACUGUCAAAGAUAGCCAACUGGACGAUCCAGUUCCCUAUGGAAUGGCAACAACAGAUAUCCGGUUUCCAGAUUAUAUCUUUGACAACAACGAGAAGCAGACGAAAAAAUCACGCAAGAAGAAGCAAAAGGCUCCGGAGGUAGCCAUCGAAGGACCUCAGGAGCGUCACAUCCAGCGAGGCAGCGUCCUCGCCAUCACCUGUGUGGUGCGCCAUCCUCCCCACAGCGCCCCGGGGCAAGUGCUCUGGUUCCACGGCACCGAAAAUAUCGACUACGACUCUCCCAGAGGGGGUGUCUCCAUUCAGACAGAAAAAUCCAAUCGGAAGACAGUGAGUAAACUAAUGCUGGCAACAGUCACAGAUAACGAUAACGGCGAAUACAGUUGUAGCCCCACGGAUCUUCCCCCAGCAGUCGUCGCAGUGCAUGUCCAAAGUGGUCAACUUCAGCAGCCGGUGAAACAAGGGCCUGGCCUGAGCGGGGCAGCAGUGACAGCCUCCAUCAGCAGCGCCCUUCUGGUCCUGCUCAUGAUGACCCUGGCCUGCGUCAGAUGCCGCGUGUUCAACUGAUGCUUCCAGAGCCCUACACUCAACACCUGGGGUGGUAUCGCCUGGGGGCAUCAUCCAGGGGGAUCACCCGGGAGUGUAGUUUUUUGAGGGCUGCUUGAGUCUUUACAGUUUAAGUGGUUCUUCAUUCAUACAGGUUUUAAAGGUAAACUGAAUGAAUAACUGUCCCCUGUUGUGAAAAUAGAAAGCUCAGGGUUUUGAACUCGUGGAGAAAUCAAACUAGAGAGAAAAUGACUUCUGACAUUGAGACUAUGAAAGAUAUAUGUUCAAAUGAUACACUUACCAAUAAUGGACAUGACAAUAGAUUUAUAUGUACAGUGUGUUUUUGUAGGUAGCGGAUAAAACAAGCACCUGCGACGCAAACUGAAAUCAAAGUCUUUUAAGGGGACGAUAAUCGUUUGUGAUUUGAAACCCUUUUUUUAUUUUUUAUUUUUUGAGAGGUGGUUCUUCAUUAUGAAUUUUCUUAUUUUUAUCCUCACCAGCAUAGUUGCAAGUAUUACGUGUUGUUGUUGUUGACACUUUGAUUGCAUGUUUAUGAGAAAAGUAAGCUUAAGUUGGAGUAGAAUGCAAUUUGUCUUUAUUGAAAUUUUGAUGCCAAGGGCCAAAACUGAGAGGAACAUGAGAAGUUCCUUGGCUGCCAUUGGAGAUCAGGAAAAUGUUCGUAUUGUUGAACGAGAAUAAAGAAAAUCAGAUAUAAAGCACAUAAUUGCUGGCUGCUUGUUCAUGAUGAGUUUCACCCUGCUUGGAAAUGAAAUGUUGGGAGAUAAACAUUUUGACUGUUUCUUUUUUGCGUUGGGGAGGAUGACAAAUCAUGUCUGUGCCUCCAUUUUAUUUUUCUUCUUUCUUAUUGUUCUCAGCUUCUCGAAGUCCAUCGACACGAUUAGCCCUAUUUUUUAUAGUUCCGUUAUAUAGCUGCUGUUGUUACAAGAAAGCAAUGGUGUAUAUUUCCAUGUCUUUCGAGUCCAGUUCGAAUUGGAACGUUCCAGAAUUUUGAAUAAAAAAGAAGACAUAUUUUAGCCGUAUAUUUACUGCGUUGUUGCUUUUGGAGCACAUUCUAUAAAAAAGAAAAGUUCUUGUUUUUCAAAAGGUGAUUUGGUGGGAAGAUAAUGCUGCUUCUAUUAAUGAGUUUUUAAUACAUUACAAGUGUUUUGUAACGAUCGUCAAGAAGUUCAAGUUAGAAAGCAGAAAACUAAGAAAAUUUCAACAUUUUUUUUUUAACUUGCAGCGGCUCAGAAAUACGUGACUUGUUUUGACCUGGAUGAAGAAAAGCAAGGUGAGAAUCUCUUGCUGGGGUAAUCAUGAAGUUUUUUCUCCUCUUCAUCAUGUCAUUACUGAUUUUCCCCAAUUGUAAGUUUGAUUUUGUAGUUGCUAAAUUCAGUUUUUCUAAUAAAUAAUUGUGGGAAUAAAUACACAAAUAACAGAGGCAUCUUUUUACCUGGGACCAUCAGUGUCAUCCGCUUGCAAUCAGGUAAAUGGCUUUCUACCUUGAAGGAAAAAAAAAGCGGAGCAAAUUCAUUGAAAUUUAUUCUGCUCUCAUGGCUGGACAGAGGAGAGAACCGAUAGUUUGCUUUGUACAUAAAUUGUCGUGAGAAAUAUACACUCAUUCUAUAUUUUGCAAUAUGAGCAUAGAUUAAUUCAGUGUGUACAUACCAUGAAUUCAGGUUCUGACAUAUGAAAUAAAUUCUUAGUUUUAUAAUGUUGCUUUGGUUUGGAUUGUCGACGUUUCUUAGACAAACAAAAUAUAUUUUGCUCCUAAACACAAAGCGAUCUGCUAUAUUUUCCACUUUCAGGUAAUAGAUAAGUAAUUGACAAACAAGACUUUGUGUUCCUGUUUACUUUAAGCCUGUUGCGAUUGUUUGUAGAUGUAGCUGUUUGCUUCAUUGUCACUUCUCUUGGUGAUGGGCGAGACGCUGCUGCCGCCGCAGCCCUCCAGUCAAUUAUGGACAAUGUUCAAAGAGUUAUAACGGCCACUGUCCCAUUCUAUCAUUCCCUUCCAACAGUUAUGUAUGUCUUUAUGUACGUACUUAUGUAUCAAUGUAUGCAUAUAAGUGUGCCAUGGAUGCUUGUAUGUAUGUGUAAUUAUGUCAAGAAAUUCAGCUUUCCAUUAUUUGAUUUUGCACUUUCGGACGAUUUUGGUGUAGUGUCUAUGAACGAAUCUGCUUUUGCUUUCAACUUUUUGCCCAUCAUUUCUCCUUUGAUAAAACCGAAAUAGGUCACGCAUUACUUUUGUUAACAGUGGCCUCUGACCAACACAGCUAAGGAUUUAGGUUGCUUUCUGUCUGGUGUUUAUUUUUUGCAAAGAACACCUGGCAGGAAAAAAUACGAAGAAAUCCAGUCAUACUUUUAUCUAUGUCUACCUAUUUACCUACCUGUGUAUCUAUAUAUCAGUCAUUGUUAUUAUUAUCGUUAUGUUUUGCAGUGGCACUUCAUCUACAAUCAGUACGCAAUGAUGCUUUUAUGGGUUUACCUCUUACUAUCUGGGAUGGAUGGUUUUGACCCUCCCUCGUCAAUAAACUACAUAAUAAUAAUAUGUAAUGGUUUAGAAUUGUAGCCUUCCGUGUGCUCAUCACCUGGCGGCCUGUGGAGAUGAGGUGGUUGUCUUUUUGUUUUGUUUUUCCAAGUAGAACAUGUUCAUAUAAGUAGUAUGUGUUGAUAUAUGAUUAUAUUUACACUUGUACACAGACACGCACAUGCAUGCAAUAGAAACACACACACAUGCAUAUAUACUAUACAUAUGCACACAUAUGUGUAUAAGCUCCAUUUCCUUUAUUUGAUUAAAAACAACCUUCUAAUUACAAAAGAAAAUUAUUGUUGUUGCCAAAUUUGUGAGCUUCUUGUUUUUGUUGGUAUAUAUAAAGUGGUGUAGCAUUAUACCAAUUUGGAUUUCACAGGUUUCGGUGAGUGUCACUUGCUCUGUUGACGCCACUUUUAGUGUCAGUUCAGCAAGGUAUAUAUGAUCCCAACCCUCGUCUUUUUUUUAUUGUUAAACUGAUGAAUUAAUUUGUUUAUCCAUCUCUUAUUUACAGAGCAUUCAAGAAAAUUUCUUAAUGACUUCAUUUGUCAUUACCAUUUUUUGUUCUAUGUUUUGUUUUUGUUGUUUACAAUGCAACACUCACAGUUACAUGUUUUAUAAUGACUAGUGUCAAGAACGUGAAUGAAUAGAUUGAAAAAGAAAUCCAUAAAGUUACUGUGUAUAACGUGUUUACUAAUAAAUAUUUACAUUUUUUUUUACUCAACACUCGAGUACUUUCAGGCCCUAUCGCUAGCCCUUUCUAAUCUCUUGAAAAAGGGCCACAGAUAGGGCCUUAAAGUACUCGAGUGUUGAGUGAAAUAAAAUGUAAAUAGUUAUGAGUAAACACGUUAUACACACUAAUUUUGUGGGUUUCUUUUUCAAUCUUCAGAAGAACACUGAAAGAAGUCUUUGUUUGGUUUACUGAAUAGAUUGCCAAUUUCUUUUUGUCAAUUUAUUCGCUCGGAGUGCUAUAUUAUUUCUUAAUGUUUUGCUAUUAAUGCACGCAAUGGCAAAUAGGCAACACCUCCUUUACUGUUAUUUUAAUGGCUCAAUUAUAGCCAAACAGACGACUCCACCCACCAGUGUCUGCCACAUGGAAAGGCUACAAUAAACGUCACUUAAAUGUAAGACCUUUUAUAAAUGUCAUAUAUGAUAUACCCUUAACAAAAUGAAUAUUUUUGUAAG